GCUAUGGACUGGUCGGACCACGCGCUUUGGUGGCCAGUACGGAAUCACUGGCUGACCCGAACACGCAGCACCCUGGACCAGUAUGGCGUGGCGGCGGACGCGUUGCUGCAUUUCACGCCGAUGCACAAGACCCUGAGGGUGCAAUUGCCGGACAUGCGAUGCCUCGACUGCCGCGUUGACUUCUCCGUCAAGACGUUCAACGCGGUCAUCAAUUUGUGCAAGGAACUCGGCAUUAGACACCCGGAGGAGCUCUCGUUCUGCAAGCCGCUCGAGCCGAAUCACCUGAAAUACAAUCUGAAGGAUCUGCCGGCCAAGAAGAAAAUUGAGAAUCAGAAGAACGGGCAUUGGAACGUACCGGCCGACACGAAUACCUUCAUCCCAGCCAGCCAGAGUCCCAGGGGAUCCACAGGAAGUUUAGAUCAAUCGAGCCCAUUCAUGUGCGCGCCGGUUACGCCUAACAACAGAAAUCACAGCACGCCGAUCAGCUCUCCCGUCUCGUAUACCGGCACGUGGAAGAGGAACAACAAUUCCUCCGGCUUCGGCAGCACCGGCUCCUUCAACGCGAAUAACAGCACUAUGAGCCUCGAGGCGUUGAACGGCGGACUGACGGAGUCCUUGGCGCAGAGCCCAACGUCGAUCUCGCCGGAGGUGCGGGUGAAGCUGGUCAGGCCGAAGAGCCUGAUCGAGAGGGCGAGAAUGAACGUCGCCUGGCUGGAUUCCUCCCUGUCGAUCAUGGAGCAGGGUAUCCGCGAAUUCGACACGCUCAGGCUGAAGUUCAAAUUCUACUCCUUCUACGACCUGAAUCCGAAGACCGACGCGGUGCGCAUCAACAUGAUUUACGAGCAAGCCAAGUGGCAGUUGCUCGCGGAGGAGAUCGACUGCACUGAGGAGGAGAUGUUGAUGUUCGCGGCGCUUCAGGUACAAGUGAAUCUUCAGGCGAGCGUGCCGCAGCCCACCUACGACAGCAACGGAGCGACUUCGCCCGUCGAGGACGAUAUCGACGCGGCCUUGACGGAUCUGCAGGUGACCCUGGAGGGCAGCAACAUCAGCAACGGACCCAGCGACAUUACGCAGGUGCCCGAGCUCUGCGACGAACUGCGUUUCUUCAAGCCGAAGCGUUUCACAUUGAAAGCCUUCAAACGCUAUUGGUUUACGUGCCGCGAUCUCCAGCUCAGGCUCUACAAAAGCAGGGAGGAGGCGGGUGGCUCGGAAUCGCCGGUCUACGUGAUCAAUUUGCGCGGCUGCGAGGUCACGCCGGACGUACAUCUGUCGCAAGGUCGCUACGGGAUCAGACUGGAGGUGCCCAGCGCCGAAGGCAUGACCGAGAUGUGGAUAAGAUGCGACAACGAACAACAAUACGCAAAGUGGAUGGCUGCGUGCAGAUUAGCGGCCAAGGGCCGCACCCUCGCCGAUGCGUCCUACGAGAGCGAGGUCAACAGUAUCACAGCUUUUCUGCAACUGCAGAGGCCCGCGCCCGCGCCGGUCAUCAAUCCGAGCGCUAUGGACAUCGUACCGGAAGACUAUGUCGCGCCUAGAUUUGCAAAGAAGUUCAAAGGAAAGUUGGUGCAGAGAAUCUUGGAAGCACACGCAAACGUUAAAGACCUGCACCUCAUCGAGGCGAAGUUGAAUUAUAUCAAGGCAUGGCAGUCCCUGCCGGAAUACGGUAUCUCGCUUUUUGUCGUGCGAUUUACCGGUAAGAGCAAGGACGAGCUGCUAGGUAUCGCCAAUAACAGGCUAAUGCGGAUGGAUCUUCACAGUGGCGAUCAUCUAAAGACUUGGAGAUAUAACACCAUGAAGGCGUGGAACGUUAACUGGGAAGUAAAGCACAUGAUGGUACAAUUCGAGGAAGAAAAUAUCAUUUUUGAAUGUCAAUCAGCGGACUGCAAGGUUGUCCAUGAAUUCAUAGGAGGCUACAUCUUCCUAUCAAUGCGCUCGAAAGAGGCGAAUCAAACGUUGAACGAGGAGAUGUUCCACAAGUUGACCGGUGGAUGGGUUUAAUCCAGUACUGCAACGAGUGUAUAAAACCGAAACUAACAUAUUCUGAAAAGCGAUGAUGAGAUGCGUUCCACGCAUUACCUAUUCGCGCUCGUUACGUGCCUGUUCAAGGACCGACCGUUUUUGCAUGCUGGUUGACACUUGUAAAAAUAUUUAAAUCUGAUCGUAUUUAUCAUGUUUUAACAUUGUAUACUGUAAAUAGAAUAUUGUGUCCCUUCUACGCGUAAGCGGUAGUGGAGGCAAAUUAGAUUUUUAUCUCGGAACCGGUUAAAACUAUUCGGAUUUGAACGUUUUUUUUUUUAUGUAGGUAAUUAAAAACACACUACAAUGUUUAUGGGUUAAAAAUUGACGCUUUAAAUAAGAAAUUCAAGAAAAUUCCGAAAAAUUGAAAUUCUAAGACAAAACAUUUUUUAACUAGCUUGCAUUUUUUGCUUAUAAACUUAAAAUAAUUAUAAAAAAGAGGUUUUUCAGAUAGUUAAUCAUGUUUUUAUUGAUUACAAUUUAUAAAAUUCGAAAUGUAAUAUUUUACAGAAUAAAAAAUAACAUUACAAAAGCAAAAAUUGCAAGCUAGUACGUUAAAAAAAUGUUUUGUCUUAGAAUUUCAAUUUUUCGGAAAUUUCUUGAAUUUCCUAUUUAAAGCGUCAAUUUUUAACCCAUAAACACUGUAGUGUUUUUAAUUACCUACAUUUAAAAAAAAAAACGUUCAAAUCCGAGUAGUUUUAACCGGUUCCGAGAUAACGCACUUUUUUGGUCUAAUUUGCCUCCACUACGGAAGAGUUUUAGUAACUACAGUUAUUUUUAUUCGACAGGAGGCUAAUUCAGAAAAAUGUUUACCGAUAUGUUUACCUUAUUAUUAAGGUACAAAUAAUAUUGACAAUCGUCACAAUUAUGGUUUGUUUUGCACGAAAAAAAGUUUUCUAUAUUUACAACGGUUUUAUAAAUAAACAUCUGCGAAACUAUUUUACAAAGAUGAAGAUUAUACUUUUAUACGAAACUUUUGCUAUUUCGAAAAAUAAUUGAAUAAAUAAUGCCGAAUUUAGGAACAAAUAUGUAAAGCCCGUACAAGCAAAAAUCUGUGGAACAUAUCGCGGAACGUUAGAUAACGCUUUACACAAAAAAAGAAAAUUUCUUUAAUUCUUUAAGGAAGGAUAGCGUGAAACCGUCUGUGCGGUUUCGAGUGUUUUAUAUUCUACAACUGUUCCAAAAGAGUUAAUCUAAAAAUUAUUUUCAGUCGGCGAUUUCUUUUACGUCGCAUGAAAAACUUAAUUCUCAUAAUCCUCCCUCUCAUAUUGCGUGUCAGUAUCCUCUUCAGUGUCACAAGGUGCUAUACUAACCGAGCUCGACUUCACAACGCAAAAGAUCGAAUCGUGUAAAUUAUUUGUUAUUUUCAUGUAAAUUAGAUGUAGAAGAAGAAAUAUAUCACUUAUAUCGUUAUAUAUUACAUUCACAGAAGAUACCCCGUUAUAUGUGUAUGUAACCAAAAAAAAAGAUUAUAGUUUUGUAUAUUAAUAGGCAGUAACUGUACAAUAAACUUAUUAAUGUA